AUGGUCGUUCAAUGGCUUGGUUUUAAAGGCAGAGUUUAUCAGGUAAUUCAUGAUAACUCAAUCAGAAUGAAGGGCCAUGUGUAUAACAAUAUGGAAGAGUUACGCAUCUUGAAUUAUUUUAAGGUGCAUCAUAGAUCGUGCAGAGUCUCUACUCCAAUAGAGGUUAGUUGGUCUCCUCCUAACCAAGAUGAAAUUAUGAUUUGUUGUGAUGGUGCUUCACUGGGAAAUCCAGUCCAAGCCGGUGCUGGUGUUACUUUUCAUGAUGCCAAUGCAGCAGUGCUCAGAGUUCUUUGUGUUGGCCUUGGUUGGCAAACUAAUUAUUAUGCGGAAGUAUGUGCUGUAAUUUAUGGUGUGAUGCUAGCCAAGGGGUGGAAUGUGAAGAAUAUUUGUGUUCAAUCAGAUUCGAUGAGUUGCACUCAAGCUUUUCAGAAGGGUGAGCUGCCUUGGCAGCUAAUGCCGAAGUGGAGACUUGCGAGAAAUUUUCACAAUAGUAUUCGUUAUAUUCAUAGCUAUAGAGAAGCUAAUUUUUCAGCUGAUGCUUUGUCCAAGCGAGCUUGUUUGCUGGCCGAAGAUAUUUUUGAGUUUUAUGAGGGAAGACCAGGCUUUAUUCUAUCUGUAGAGUGGCCUGGUGGGGUAUACUACCAUUUCAAAUAG